AUGGAUAUGCCAUUUCUGAAACUGCUAUUCUAUCAUCUCCUUCUUACCUCCUUCAAUCUCGCUUCUUCUCAAGUAGACAUCCCGGCUUACUAUGACCACAACUGCACCAUUAAUAAAAACUUCUCUUCCAAUGGCCCCUACGAGUUCAACCUCAACACUCUUUUGGCUUCCUUGUACGCCAAGGCCGACGGCAUUGAUCCGACUACUCCUGAAUUCUUCAACACCACCGUUGGCACCCCAAACACGGACGAAACUGUAUAUGGAGAGUACAUGUGCCGAGGAGACGUCCCAAGUCAGGUCUGUCGAGAUUGCGUCCGGGACGCCACAAGCAGAAUAGUCUCAGAGUGUCCCUACAACAAAGAGGCAAUCAUCUGGUACGACCAGUGCUUGCUCCGCUAUUCCAACCGUUCUUUCUUCUCCAUCCUCAACCAACAGCCUACAGUUAUCGGGAUACGAUAUCGAGCCCCGAAAUGUAGAAAGUGCGAAGACCACGAUCGAGGCAAUUACAAUAUUAAUGCAAACUCAGACGAUGCAAACCCAAACGCAGAAUUAAAAAAGAUGUUGAAAGAAGCAGCGGUGGAGGCAGCUACAUCAUCAGGUACCAAGAAAUUUGCAACCAAAGAAGCAAACAUCAGUAGUUGGGUACGCGUGUACACUCUUGUCCAGUGCACGCCGGAUCUGCCUUCACAACUCUGUAGUGAGUGUCUCAAUGGCAUGAUCGAACUUAUUCCAAUCCUCUACAUUGAAAGAUCUGGAAGAAUUCUGAAUCCGAGUUGCAAUUUGAGAUUCGACACAGAGCGAUUUUAUUAUAAGGGCAACCAGCCUCCCUCUGAUGUUUCUCCCACUCAAGGGCUUGGGAGUCCUACUCUUAUAGAUUGGAACUGCUCGCCCAUCGAAACCUGGAGUGCCAAAGAUCCCUACCCAAACAACCUCAAAAGUCUCACCCGCCAACUCUCCAAGUUGUCCAACAACACCAAAAACAAUGGAUUCUAUAGAAUCAGCGUCGGAAACAAGUCCGACACCGUCUAUGGCCUCUUCAUGUGUCGGGGUGAUGCGCCCCCUAAGCUUUGCAAUGAAUGCGUCAAGGAGGGAAUCGCGAAACUAAACGACACAUGUCCCACUUCUAAGGAGGCUAUCAUUUGUACGUGGUGUGUAUACGCUUGGAACCCAAACAGAGGGCUUCAAUCGGCUAUUAGCGAAUACACUAAACAGUUUAGUGGCGGCGACGUUGAACUCAUCACCGCAUGUAGGAGUGAAAAAUUUUGCAACAAAAACAGAAUUCAGCCCUUCAGAUUUGAUAACGUUGUAUACUCUUGCACAAUGUACUCCGAUCCUGUCUAG